UCGAUGCCGGAUACGCGAGACUUUGUGUGUGCAUGCCAAUUUUGCUAUAUAAGGAAAGGACGUUGAGGUGUUUUGUCAUUCGUAAAGUGCGGUUUUUCCUGUCAAUCGUGCCUUUUCGCUUCUCUAUUCCUUUUCAUUCUCUUCAAUAUUAUCUCCCGAGAAUCGGCAUUAUCUGCAUUAUUUAAAAAAAUGAUUAUAAGUAAGAAAAAUAAAGAAUGAAGGUACUAUUAGUUGUGGUCGCAUUACUCAUAGCCGUCGAGGCUCAGGGAUGGCAAUUUAAUGGCCCUGGUGUCAGAAAUGGAAGAGGAAAUAAUCCUGGCCGAGGUCCUUGGGCAUCUCAGCAGCAACAGAGUCAAAAUAAUAUACUUGUUUCCGACGUCGAAUGGAUAUGCCAAAAUCCGAAAACAAAUGACAUAAUGAUUAUCGCUACCGACAAUGCACGACGACAGCAUCCUGGUAGAGGACCAUGGUGGCAAUGGCAGAAUGUUCCUCCAGGGCAUCAAGCGGAUCAUCACCGGCAUGGAAAUCAAUGGACACAACCGAUUAUUAUUGUUCAAGAACCUACAAGCACUAAUAAUAAUCAAUUACCACCGCUAUUCCCGCAAACAACAAAAACUCCUAACAAUAAUGAUAACAAUUAUAAUGAUGAUAAUCAACCACAAUCCACGCCGCAUUAUCACGGCGGAGAAGGAUUAAUAGAUAUUAGAAUCGCACAAUAAAAAUAUAAUAUAGAACAAUAAAUAUAUAAAGUUUAAAGCUUUGACAUAAGAUUUAUAUUUCUUGAAAGAAAAUCAUUUUAAUAAUUGUAUAAUAAAUAAAAAUAACAAAUAUGUACAAAUGUA